CUGUGUAUAUACUCAAUGGAUUAGAAAAUGGAUCUCUUUCAGUCCUGCUAUACUUCAGCUGACUUAUCUAUAAAAUAUAGAUUUCACAUCUUGCCUACCUCACAAGGUUAUUGUAAGGAUCAAAUUAAAUAUCAUGAAUGUAACAAGUGCCUUCAAAACUGCAAAAGAAUUACAGAUCAGGAGGUGGUGUUCCAUAAGAUGUCACCCAAUGAGACCCUCUUUUUGGAAAGUACCAACAAGAUUUAUAAAGACGACAUUUCCAAUAGCUCCUUUGUGAAUUUCCAGAUUUGGGAUUUUCCUGGGCAGAUGGACUUUUUUGACCCAACCUUUGACUACGAGAUGAUCUUCAGGGGAACAGGAGCAUUGAUAUAUGUCAUUGAUGCACAGGAUGACUACAUGGAGGCUUUAACAAGACUUCACAUUACUGUUUCUAAAGCCUACAAAGUUAACCUAGACAUGAAUUUUGAGGUUUUUAUUCACAAAGUUGAUGGUCUGUCUGAUGAUCACAAAAUAGAAACACAGAGGGACAUUCAUCAGAGGGCCAAUGAUGACCUUGCAGAUGCUGGGCUAGAAAAACUCCAUCUUAGCUUUUAUUUGACUAGUAUCUAUGACCACUCAAUAUUUGAAGCCUUUAGUAAGGUGGUGCAGAAGCUCAUUCCACAACUGCCAACCUUGGAAAACCUAUUAAAUAUCUUUAUAUCAAAUUCAGGUAUUGAAAAAGCUUUUCUCUUUGAUGUUGUCAGCAAAAUCUACAUUGCAACAGACAGUUCCCCCGUGGAUAUGCAGUCUUAUGAACUUUGCUGUGACAUGAUUGAUGUUGUAAUUGAUGUGUCUUGUAUAUAUGGGUUAAAGGAAGAUGGAAGUGGAAGUGCUUAUGACAAAGAAUCUAUGGCAAUUAUCAAGCUGAAUAAUACAACUGUCCUUUAUUUAAAGGAGGUGACUAAAUUUUUGGCACUGGUCUGCAUUCUUAGGGAAGAGAGCUUUGAACGAAAAGGUUUAAUAGACUACAACUUCCACUGUUUCCGAAAAGCUAUUCAUGAGGUUUUUGAGGUGGGUGUGACUUCUCAUAGGAGCUGUAGUCACCAGAUCAGUGCCCCUAGCCUGAAAGCAUUGGCACACAAUGGCACGCCACGAAAUGCCAUCUAGUCUGAAUUACAGCAUCAGGGCUCGAUGCCAGCUUACUCUUCACUCGAGGGUCAGAUGCCACGUGCUGCAGGACAUGGGAGCUGCUGCUUGUGGGAAUCUGGUGCCUGUUCCACUAGAGACGAGGGGUAGAGUUUCUCAUUUGGAUGAAAACCCCUUCAACCAGCGGUAUACAACUGAAGCUACUAUUUCUUUUUUUAAAAAUGGCAAAAAAAGGAAUUCUAGACACCACAGAACUCAAGUGUGUCUUUCUCCUCUUUUGGGUCCUACUUUAAAUAGUUGGGAUAUUUUGGACCUGGAGAUCACACCAUUUAUUCAUCAUACCAGGGAAUGUUGCCAUCAAUUCCAGCUGAAAAUAAUAGAAAAAACUGAAUUUUUAUAUGCUUCCUUUAGGUUUUUGUUUGAGUAGUCUCUAAACCCUGCUUUGCUUAAGUUCUAACACUGCCUCUCUGAUCUCAGUUUUGGACAUUGCACCUCUAAGACCUUUGAAAUGCACUCGCUUGCUAACUCAGAGGACGCAUCGUCUGAUCGCAGCAAAAGACAUUCCUGUGAUUGUUAUUGAAGAAAUGAGAGAAAAUUUUGUGCUGCAUCAGGUGGAGAGCAAGGCUCAACAGUGGCUGCACCCAUUCCCUUGGAAGUAUUGAGGAAAAAACUUUGAAGCGGAAGAAAAUUUUUACACCUGUGUUUUGAAUACCAGAUGUAUGAGUUUUUUCCUCCUGCGUUUGAUAAAUGAUCAUGCUAAAUGUAACAAAGGAGUUUAAUUUUUUCCCCACAAUCCCCUUCUAGGGGAGAAACUCAUUAUGUCACUGAAAUAUUUGGUCCACUUUUCUUUAAUCUUGAUAUCAGCCUCCCUAUACCUUUUAUUCUAAGCUAUCUAGAUUCUUUAAGAAUUGAUGUUUGUUGACCACGAAUGACUCUAAGGCACUGGUGAACUCCACUGGGUGUUGGAGAGAGCAUGCCGUGCCACAUGUGUUGUUUAACAUACCUUGUCUCCAGUAUUCUGACACCAAGUGUCAACUGUGGUACUUACUUCACCUAGGAUAUUAAUUUGUAAUUGUUUCUUUUUGUCAGUGGUUGAUACCCUUUCUGUUGAUUUAAAUUUACACAUUAUUUUUACUCCACAUGCCUGGUAGUCAUAUGUCCCAAAGCCACUGGACCACUUGAGUACUUAAGUGCCACUGUUUAAUGGAAUAUAUAUAUUCAGGUCUGUAAACCUAACAGUGUGACUUGGAGUGCUUCCUUCAGGUGAUUUUGACUGUUGAGUAUUUACAUGGACCAUGGUGAUAUCCAAAAGAAAAUGCUUUUAUAUUUAUAGAUUAUUUCAUUGAACUAUAUAUAAAAUGGGUAUCAAUAAAUGUAUUUACUCCAAAAUCAGUUUUCCUACUUGCCUAAGGUAUGAGAGGGUGGGGUGAUGGAACCUUGGGUUGUCCCACUCUGUCCUCUUCCCAUCAAUCAUCCAUUUUCUUUUCUUGUCUGCCUUAUUUGGUUAAUGUUUCAGGACUUAGAGUUCUAUCUUGAUAUGGGAAUUGUGUGCAGACAUCUUCCCUGGCCCAUUUCUUCUGUGGGAUAGGAGGUAUAGACUCAGAUGAAAUGUGUUUUGGUUGGGAGUUGGACAUCAGUAAACGUUACUAGUGGGGAAUUGUCCAAGUUCUGGCAUGACUGAUGCAUUGUAUCCAAGCUAAGGAAUCAAAGAUGAGUGACAUAGAAUACUGUUAGCUGGAAUUGGUACCAUCUUCCUUUCUUUCUUUUUUUUUUUCCCCAAGUUCUCGAGAUACUCAUUACUGACUCUUAAGUGUCUUUUAAGCCAUUUAUCUGCAUACAUGCAGAGCCUAACACAGGGGUUAAGCUGAUGAGAGAAAAGUAUACGUUAGUUUAUCAACAGGAUGGAGAUAGAGGUUGAAAGAUCUUUACUCUCGUAUUUGGAAUACUUAAGAAGUUAGUUUUAAAACUAAAAUGGAAAUCAAAACAGUUUGCAAAAAACCUCUAACAAUACUGUCUAAUCCUGUAUCAUUUUUUUAGAUGAUAGAAACUGAGGCCCAGAGGGGGUAGAGAGCCUUGUUGAGGGUUAUAAAUGAUUAUAUAAUUUAAACCCCAAAUCAAGACACUGUUGAAAGAGGAAGAGAGACUGUUCAUAAUUAUGCCUGAGCAAUGGGUGUAAACUGGCUCUUUCCCAGGUAAACCAAGAGUGGCCAAACUAGUCACAGAUGUAGUUAGUGGCAAAGCAGGGCUUGAACUCCAGAAUUGGCAGCCCCACACUGCCUAUCUUUACCUCCUUCCUCAGACCCUUGUUGAUUAAAUAGAGAUACUACUUCCAGAUAUAUAUGGUACAGCUGUGUGUGGUGGUGUAUGCUGGUAGUUUCAGCUACUCAGGAGGCUUGGGGCCAGCCUGGGCUACACAGACCCUCUCUGUAAAAAAAAAUUGUGUUGCAUAGAUGCCCCUUAAAUAUUGCUUUUAGCUAUGACUACUGAAAAAUUUAAAUUCAGGGAGCAAUUAAAGAGAAUAGUGAAAUAGAAUUUAAUUGAACGUGAAACGCAGAGUAAUAUAAAAAUGUUAAGGGGGGUUUAGGUGAAAUGUUUUGCAUCCCGGUGGACAUUGUUGUGAAAGGCAGUGAGUGAGUAGCUCCUCCAGCUUUUCAGUUUGGCUGUGUCCAUUUACUUAGCAUUUGGCCUCUAGGUGGCGGUGUUGUAUUACAUAAACACACAGCUAGCUUUCUGACUUCUAUUCUGAAAGUUGAUUUUUGACCAACCCAAGUAGAGAUUCAAAGAAUUUCUGAACUUAUUUCCCCUAAGAUAAUAUUCAAGACUGAUAUGAGUCAUUAUAUUGGAAGUGGAGCAACUUGCAACAUUUUUAAAGAAAAGACUGGAUAGGGACGAAGAUCAUAACAUCAUUUGCUUUAUGAAUUAUGAGUUAGAGGCUUUAGGAAGAUAGCUCUAUACACAUUCCUAUAGCAGGCAGAACUCUUGCUCCUUCAGCCAUCUGUUGUAGAUAUGUGUUUCCUUAAAGACUUCCAUGGAAGGAAAUGCAACAUCUGAAUUAAAAUACAUCUUUCAUCAUUUUCCUUUGCCUUAAAUGAGGUUUGUUGAAAUUAUUUCACAUGUGGGUUUGAGAGAGGGUAUUACAAAAAAAAAAAAAAAAAAAAA